AUGAUGAAAUUCACUAAGCAGGAUUUUAUUUUUUUAGUUGGUGGAAUUCUAAUUUAUGUAGCUGAUAUUGGAGUGGACUUCUGGGUAGCUAGUAAAUAUUUCUAUCAAGGACAAUAUUCUUGGGGUAUAUUGAUAAUGUGUUUUAGAGGUCUUUCAUCAUUAAUAACUCAGAUAUUCAGUUAUGAGUGGUUUAAAAACGACUGGGAAGGUACUGAUACUGGGAAGCCCAAAUGGAUUUUUCUAGUUCAUCUUUUUCAGUGUGGAAUUUUUAUAAGGUAUUGGUUUGCUUUGAAGUAUGGCUGCCAAGCUGCAUUUAAACAAAACAGUAGCAGAGGUGCAUCAGAAACAGAUCCUUCCAACUUCAUUCAACAACAAGCCAUUGAUGUAGUGACUGAUAUUAACAUGCUCAGGGUGUUCAAGACUUUUCUUGAGACCACACCACAGCUUUUUGUCCAGAUUUACAUCCUCAUGGAACAUGGCAAAAAUACUUUCUCUCAAU